AUGGAAUCAAUUUCUAUGAUGGGAAGUCCCAAAUCUUUAAAUGAAACUUUCUUGCCAAAUGGUGUAAACGGUAUCAAGGACACCAGCAAGGUCACAAUAGGCAUAAUUGGAAGUGGAGAUUUUGCAAAAUCACUGACCAUUAGGCUUAUUAGGUGUGGGUACCAUGUGGUCAUAGGAAGCAGAAACCCUAAGUUUGCUGCUGAGUUCUUUCCACAUGUGGUUGAUGUCACUCAUCACGAAGAUGCUGUAGCAAAAGCAAAUUUGAUUUUUGUUGCUAUACACAGAGAACACUAUGCUGCUUUGUGGGACCUCAAACACCUGCUUGUUGGUAAAAUCCUUGUAGAUGUCAGCAAUAACAUGAGAGUUAACCAGUAUCCAGAAUCUAAUGCAGAAUACUUGCAGUCACUUUUCCAAGAUUCUUUUGUUGUCAAAGGAUUCAACGUUAUCUCAGCCUGGGCACUGCAGUUAGGACCCAAAGAUGCUAGCAGACAGGUAAGCUAUGCAUUUAUGUCUUUUUAAAAAGCAGAAUGAAAAUAGUGGUUGGAAUAGUUGUGACUGUCUUGCCAAUCUCAAUAUUUGUUCCAGCACUGAGAGUAAACAUUGCUCAGUAUGCUAGCUUGUAAACAGUCAUCAGUGCUGCUGAGCUUGAAUUGAGGAAGAACAUCACACAAGGAUGCCAAAGUGUCAUCAUCAUUACUGUUAUUGCUGCAGUACUGACCAUCCAACAACAGAGUUUUCUGGGUGGCUCACAGAGCUAAAAUUAUUAUUAUUAUUAUUAUUAUUAUUAUUAUUAUUAUUAUUGAAUCCCUUCACUUGAGGCAUCCCAAACUAUUUACACUAUAAUAAAACCAUAUGUAAAAUGGUAUGUAAAACAUACAAUUUAAUUUUUUUCUAAAGGAAAAAGCUUGGGGAAAUGGAAUAUCUGGUUCUGAAAUAAUUUAUUUGGUUAACUAUCACAGAAUAAUUCCAUCAGUGCUCUAAACAACAUUUGACCAGAAGCAGCUGGCUGCAGAGAAUGCUUUAGUUUUCCAUACAAUGCUUUCUAGAAAACAAAAUGAGAGAACUCCCUAGUUUCAUCAUUAUAACAUUCAGUUAUGUCACUGGAAACAUAAGUAAGGUGAAAAACAUGACCUUGCUGACAACAAUGAAUGAAAACAAAUUAAACAUAUAAAAUCAUUUAUGUAUUUAAAGUGGUCUGGGCACUUUUUAUCUGCUUGUAGCAUCUACUGCAGUUUGACCAUUACGUUCAGGAGUAGCCAGUGGGGUGUCUGCCAGAUGUUGUUGAACUCCCAUUUUUGCCAUUCUGGCUGGGACUGAUGGGCAUUGUGGUACAGCCACAUCUGGAGGACAUGAAUUUAGUCCAUUGCAGCCGUUGAAUUCAUCUUUAUAUUGGUACAUCAUAAUAAUGUUUGUGUGUGUGUGGUGUUUUUUUAAAGGUCUACAUAUGUAGUAAUAAUUUUCAAGCUCGACAUCAAGUUAUGGAACUUGCCCGUCAACUCAGCUUCAUUCCUCUUGAUUUGGGCGCUUUAUCAUCUGCAAGGGAGAUUGAAAAUUUGCCUCUUCGGUUGUUCACGCUGUGGAAAGGACCAGUAAUAGUGGCUGUCAGCCUGGCCACCUUCUUCUUCAUCUAUUCAUUCAUCCGCGAUGUAAUUCAUCCUUACGUGAGGAACCAGCAGAGUGAUUUCUACAAAAUUCCUAUUGAGAUCGUGAAUAAGACAUUGCCAGUUGUUGCUAUCACUUUAUUGUCUCUAGUGUAUUUAUCAGGGCUGCUGGCAGCUGCUUAUCAACUUUAUUCUGGCACUAAGUACAGGCGAUUUCCACCUUGGUUAGAGAGCUGGUUGCAGUGUAGGAAACAGCUUGGACUGCUUAGCUUUUUCUUUGCAACGGUGCACGUGGUUUACAGCCUCUGCUUGCCCAUGAGGAGGUCCGAACGGUACUUGUUCCUGAAUAUGGCUUAUCAGCAGGUAAGGAAAAAAACUUGGAGACGGUGAUUCCUAUUAUUAUUAUUAUUAUUAUUAUUAUUAUUAUUAUAACAUAUCAUUUUCAACAGUAAUUAAACAUACUUUUACAUCUUAUUCAAAUUUUUGACUUCCAUCAAUCCUGUCUGAAAAUUUUCCAAUCUAAUCUCUCAGUAUGCAUUUCUUAUCUUCCCUAUUGCAUUUCAAACUCAUAACCAAUAUCUCUUAUCUUUUUCUACUUUGUAACACUUCGUAUAUUUCUCCUUACAAAACUUCUUGUAGUCCUACUAGCAUAAUUCGUUGAUUACAGUUGCUCUUCAAAUAAUUCAUAUACUUCUUCCAAUCUUCUGUAAAUCUCUGGUCCCGCAGGUUUCGAAUCCUUCCUGUCAUUUUGUCCAAUUCUGCAUAGUCCAUUAAUUUCGUCUGCCAUUCUUCUUUCGUCGGAGUUUCUUCUUGUUUCCAUUUCUGGGCUAACAACACUCUUGUCGCAGUUGUUGCAUAUAAAAACAAUUUAACAUCUUGCCUAUUAAUGUCCUGACCUAUAAUACCAAGUAAAAAUGCUUCAAGGGGAGACACCUUGGUCAUGGAGACGGUGAUUCUCAAUGGGGUUCCCAGUGGCCUUCUGUUCAGGUUACUGAUCAAGUCUAGGCCUGCUUAGCUUCAGUGCAGCAUCUGUUCCAAGAGAUUGUUAACUAAGCCCCUAAGCACUGAAUUCUGAGAUCUGCAUAAAUCACUCAGAUUUGCAUCUGUUUUCCAUUUUGCAUAGUUUAUUCUCCUCCUCCUAGUUGUAGGAAGGGACAGCCCUAUUAAGGGCAUGAAUGCCUCCUCACAGUCACUGGAAAUCCUGACCAGCUUCCCCCCACCCCUUCCUCCCGGACAGUCCACCAGGCACACUUAGAAACCCAUCAAGUCUCCGGAAUGAAUGAAAACUCCUCUUACACAAAUUUGUUCCGUGUUCUAAAAAUUUCUCGCCCUCUUUCUUCAGGUCCAUGCGGAUGUUGAAAAUACAUGGAAUGAGGAAGAAGUCUGGCGGAUUGAAAUGUAUGUCUCCUUUGGAAUAAUGAGCCUGGGGCUGCUUUCUCUGUUGGCUGUAACUUCUAUUCCUUCAGUAAACAGGUCGUUAAACUGGAGGGAAUUCAGUUUUAUCCAGGUGUGUAUUGUAGCAAAACCCGAUAUUAGAAGCUAAUCUAUCAGAAGGCAUUUCAAUGUUGAUAUCUAUCAGGAUUGCUCCAGAAAUGUCAACAAGUUCCUAAAUGCUAAUACUUAGCAAAAGCAGCCCUGGAAUGUUUCCUUCCAAGUAGCUACGUAUAAGAGUACACUGUAAGGCAGUGUUCUUUAUUUUUUCAUUCUGGUAAAUUGACUUGACAAGAAUUCCAAGUCUAAGAAAUGCUUGGUCAAAGGACAUUUCCUUGAAUUUUUUUCCACCCAAAAUGUGUUUGAGAUAAGCAGUUGAGGCUUUAAGCAGUUCUUUUCAGGACUUACACAGUUUUAGAAUAUUAUCCACAAUUCUACUGCAUCUCACUGAUAUGACAAACCAACACAUCUCCGCUGAGGACACUAAGCACCAGCAAAUCCCAGGAAGGGCUGGAAGCUGUGAUGUGUAGCAUUAAAGAUAUCUGGCAGUAUCUUUUUGAUACUGCUUUUUGUCGCCUUUUUCUAUGCAACCAUACCUGCUGAUUCAAGUGAGCAGCCUCUUUCAUCCCUUUUCUCCCAGGCUCGUUAUCAGUCCAGCAAAUCUCACACAGUCUGCUCAUCCAGCAAAAGGUUUCUGCCCCUAGAGACCUUCGAAAAUGCCAGUGGAGCAUUCUGGAUGCUUCUUUUUUUAUAUAUAUAAAAUAUUUAUUGAAAUUUUCAAAGUGUUACAACAUAAAAUAAAAGCAGAAGAAAAUACAAAAUAAAAAAUAGUUAACAAAGUAGAAAAGGGGAAAAAAAACCCUUCCAACCAUACGAAUACAAAUUCAAAAAUAAGAAAAAAAGACACACACACACAAAAAAUACAAUUUAAGAACAUUUAAAAACAAAUUCAUUAUUCUCGAAUCCUCAACUGUCAUUACCUUCUUUCUUUGACCUCCUCCUCCUCCCCUUCCCUGUAUCCCAGUUAUUAAUCAUCCCAGCAAAUCCCUUCCAUAUUUCAUAAUAUUCUGUCAUUACAUUACCCUAAACAGUUUUAAUCUUAUCUUUCUAUAAAAAAAAACCUUAAAGCUUAAAACUUAAAUCUUAUCCUUACCAACUUCUCAUAACCAUAAUAUUCUUUCAUAAUUCUUUAAACAUCUUUACUAAAGCCAAGUAAUUUCAUUCCAACAUUUUUCUGACAUUCAUCAAUUUUAUAAAACAGUUCUAAUGGUAGAAAAAAGAAAUACAAACAGAUCCAAUCUUCAUCCAACGUCCCUUCCUCCUGGUUCCGGGUUUUGUCAGUCCUUAUUAUCCCAUCGACCUGGCCCAUUAACCUGGCAACCUUAUAUCUGAGGCCCUCAAGUCUCUUCCAUGUCCCUUUCGCAGCUCUUCUUCAUAUUUGUAACUGUAUUUUCCCUUGUCUCCUGCUCAUGGUAACUCCAGCUUGGCAAUAUUUUUAACCCUUCUCAACAGAUCAGCCCCUUUUCCAUAUUCAGCACUGAAUUCCAUAUGGUAUUUAAAAGCAUGUUUCAAAGACCCUCCAAAAUUAAGAGCCCCCACCAUCCCAAACAUCUCACGGCCCAUUGCCAGAUUUGAAAAGUCCAAACAUCCCAGCAUAGGGGGGUCAAUCCAGCCCCCCAUUUCCAAGCCAAACCAAACUUUUCUUUCCAAAUCUGGCUUUUUCCAAGUUCAUUUGUCAAAUCUGAAAACUCAUAUUCCUGUUGGGCCUGUUCUGUCAGAACACACUCCUGAUUUAAUUCCUGGGUGGGCUCCACAUAUUUUCCCACUGUCUGUUCAAAAUUUCCCACUGCCUGUUCAAAAUUUCUAGUCGAAGUCGUCAUCAAAUUCACCUUCUCAUGUAACUGUUCCAGUAGGGCGUUUGUUUUGUAGAAAGCACACAACAAAGCUUCUGAAUACAUUGUCCUACAAGGUCAAAUGCCUAUUCCCACGAUUGUAAUCUGUAAACAGCUGCCAGCUCCCUGGAGUUGGUUACAGUUUCACAGUCUCCCUCUAGGGGGAAAACUUCUAUUUGAUCUUGCAACAAAGUUUCCCUUUUGAGAUACUUUGUCAAUAUUUGUUCCUUUGAAAUGCGAAGGGAAACAGUGGAAUCACUAUGUUUCUCUUCUUUUAGCUAUCUGUCAAAAACGUUUGUCUCUGGUCAAUGAACUUCAAACGUCAGUCCUGACACCCCGCUCCAGGAUCAGGACGGAGGAAAGUUGCUUUACUUUAAACUCACUUUAAACAGUCCAAAAAGAUCCCCUUCUUCUCCUGCUGUCGAAGGGGGGUUCCACAAUUUUAAAUGAUGAAAUCCAAUCCUUUAAAAGCGAUUUUCUGAGCUCUAGUUUACGUUGUCUUUGCUUUAUUCUGUCUACAGAAGAACGCAAGGCUGACUUCCUGUUUAGACCUUCCUGUUCCGUACCAAAUUGAAAUAGAUUUUUAAGAUCCAAUUCCUUUCUGCUCGCAAGUCCCCAUCUAAUGUCCAGUUGUUCAAAGUCUAAGUACUCACGGGUGCUUAUUUUAGAGUCCAAAUUGUCCCAGGAAAAAGGCAGCGCUCUCCGGCAACGGCUAUGCGGCUUCGCUCCACGGAAAUAGCAGUUGACUCACAGCACCGCGCCACUUCCCCCCCUCUUCACUUCGGAGCCCAUUAGUGGGUUCCUUAGCGAGUUGGGGGGGCGCUAAAGGUGCCCGCCGAGUCCCAUGGUCACAGGCUUCAUCCGCCUGUGAUUUUUGAAAGGGUCCCCGCUUCGCUGUAGCGGAGAAGACCUGUUUCCCGCAGAGCUAGUCCCUCCAGUUCAGAGGGAGUCCGCCAUUGCCGAUGGCGCCACCCUGGAAGUCCCUGGAUGCUUCUUUUCAUAUUCCAAGCUGCUUUUUCAGUUUUCCUCUGCAGAACUUAAUUUGAAAAAUCAGAAUACAUAUUGGGCCAUCACAAUAAAAUAAAAAUGAGGAGCGACCUUUUUAUUAAACCAGCAGAGUUCAGAAUCCUGAAAGCGAGCUCGUUGUAUUUUUUAAUACCCAUGUCCUGAACUGACCCUUGUUCAACCUUUUUGAAGGCCAGGCAGAUAAAAUGUACUUGCAACGUGUGCUGAUUUUAACUCAGUCUUUUUUCAGAAAUUUUAAAUAGUUUAAAUUAGCUGUGUCUGUUAAUUAGGUUUCCAGAAUGUUAAUUUGUAUCUGUUUCCUUUCUCUCCCCCCUCCCCAUAUCUUCAAAGUCUACUCUUGGAUACGUCGCUCUGCUCAUAAGUACUUUCCAUGUGUUAAUUUAUGGGUGGAAAAGAGCCUUUGAGGAACAAUACUACAGAUUUUACACACCACCAAAUUUUGUUCUUGCACUUGUCUUGCCAUGCACAGUAAUUCUGGGUAAGGUAUUUUUGCUCCUGCCGUGCAUAAGCAGGAAAUUGAGGCGGAUAAGAAGAGGAUGGGAAAGAAGACAAUUUAUGGAAGAUGGAAGUGGAACUGGUUCACAUCCCUCGCCAGAAAGGGUUACUAUCAUGUGA